UCGGAACCUCAGAGACUACUAGUCUUCUGCGACGGAACAUGGUGUGGUCCAGAAACUGAUACCCGGACCAACAUUCAGAUACUCGCCGAGAUGACAGGUAUCGACAUGAAGAACGCCAAAGGAUCAAGAGAACUCGAAGAUCCAUCACGAAAACUUCGAGCAAAGUACUUUAACGGUAUUGGCCUUGGAAGCACCUUUUUCGCCUACCUCUUCAAUGGUGCUACCGCGAACGACAUAGGAGAAACCUGCGUGGAAAUCUACCAAUACAUCGCACAAUACUACCGCGAAGGAACAGAAGUUUGGGUGUUCGGUCUGAGCAGAGGCGCAUACACAGUACGCUGUGUAGUAGGCAUGAUCAACAACUGCGGCAUCGUCAAGAACCCCUCUCGUGAUCUUUGUGAUCAAGUCUACCGCAUCUACUCAUCACCAUACGACGCGGAUAAGCCAUCAUCGCCCCAGAGCAAAGAGUUUAGAAAAAGAGCAAGCUGGGACGUCGCAACACCAGUCAAGUUCAUGGGUCUUCUGGAUACUGUCGGUAGCAUCGGCAUUCCCUCCCUGGACGCUGGCAACGGACCUUCCUACCCCACUCUUUGGGAUCAAGUCGUCUCAAGCAGCGUUGAUCAAGUCUACCAUGCUUGCUGUAUCCAUGAUCGUCUGUCGCUGUUCCAACCAUGUCUCACCAAACGCGACCGCGAUAAUGGCAAGUCAGCACCUCAUAUUCACGAAACGUGGUUUCCGGGCUGUCACUACGAUGUCGGUCGCCAACGCUUCAAGUUUCUGCGUCGUAGAGCAGUCGAUGCUCUCGAGCGUCUCAUCGUUCUGAUACCAAAUCUGCUUUCUGGCACUCUGGAACCCAACAAUGUCUUGUCUGACGUCGUGUUGAGGUGGAUGCUCGAAGGAAUCAAUCGCGAGAUGCCCACUCAAACCGCCAUUCCAGACAUCAGCACAAAGAUUACAAAACUCGAAUCACAGAUCAAGUCUGGCAAUGACAGUAUCGGUUCUGGUGACGUCUACUCACCUCAAAAGUCACUUCUGUACGCUCCAUUUGGCAGAAUCAUCUCGUUCUUGCCUCAACCAAAAGCCAUCUACGACGCCAUAUCCGUCCUCAUGGCUGUUCGUGACCGACGAAUUCCAGACGAAGGUGCGCAUGUGUUCCCAUACAAAGACAGCUUUGAAGGUGGAAAGAAGAGCAUCGAGGAGUUGGGCAAGGUGGCCAAGGAACGAUAUCCUAGCCGUACCUAUGAGAGUUGGCAGGCUUGGAGUGCGUAUUUCCCACAAAAGGACGAU